AUGCAGUCUGGAGUGAAGACGCUCUCCGCAGGUGGAGGUGCGUCACUCUGCUGCCUGCUGCUCCUCUGGCUCAUCUACUCCCAUCUGCUCAGAGAGGGCCAGUUGGCGGUGGGAACCUGUGAGAUAGUGAUGCUCAACAGAGACAGCAGCGUUCCCAGACGGACCAUUGCCAGGCAGACGGCUCGCUGCGCCUGCCGGAGAGGCCAGAUCGCCGGCACCACCAGGGCAAGGCCGGCCUGUGUAGAUGCGCGAAUCGUGCGGAGCCGUCAGUGGUGUGAGAUGGCUCCCUGCCUGGAGGGGGAGGUCUGCAGCCUCCUGUUCAACCGAUCCGGAUGGACUUGCACCAGGGGCAGCGGUCGCAUCAAGACCGUCACGCCUUUGCCCAAGGAGCCGUCGUAG